UGGACAGUGCUGCACUAUGCUGUUAUUAAGGGUACGCUAGAAAUGGUAAAAUAUCUUGUUGAAAUGGGUGCAAAUACGAAUGGCAAGGAUACUGACGGGUGGACAGUGCUGCAUGAUGCUGUUACUGAAGGUACGUUAGAAAUGGUAAAAUAUCUUGUUAAAAUGGGCGCUGAUGUAAAGAGUGAGAGUGCAGACGGGUGGACGGUGCUGCACUAUGCUGUUUCUUAUAGUUCAUUACGAAAAGUUGAAUAUCUUGUUGAAAAGGGCGCGGAUGUAAACGGAAAAAAGAGCGAUGGUUGGACAGUGCUGGUUCAUGCUGUUACAAAAGGUACGCUAGAAAUGGUAAAAUAUCUCGUUGAACAUGGCGCUGAUGUAAAUGACAAGGAUAAUGACGGCUGGACCGUGCUGCAUCAUGCUGUUACUAAGGGUACUCUAAAUAUAAUAAAAUAUCUUGUUGAAAAAGGCGCUGAUGUGAAUGGAAAGGAUACUAACGGGACGACAGUGCUGCACAGUGCUGUUCCCGAAGGCACGCUAGAAAAUGUAAAAUAUCUUGUUGAAAACGGCGCUGAUGUAAAUGGAAAGAGAGAAAACGGGCGGACAGUGUUGUACUAUGCUGUUACUAGUGGUAAGUUAGAAAUGGUAAAAUAUCUUGUUGAACAUGGCGCUGAUGUAAAUGGAAAGGAUAAUGACGAGCAGACAGUUCUGCACUAUGCUGUUACUAAAGGUACGUUAGAAAUGGUAAAAUAUAAAUAUCUUGUUGAAAACGGCGCUGAUGUAAAUGGAAAGGAUAAUGACGAGCAAACAGUGCUGCACUAUGCUGUUACUAAAGGUACGUUAGAAAUGGUGAAAUAUCUUAUUGAAUAUGGCGCUGAUGUAAAUGGCCAAAAGAAUGUAGAAACGACAGUGCUGUUCUAUGCUGUAACAAAUGGUAGGCUAGAAAUUGUAAAAUAUCUUGUUCAACACAGCAAAAUGAAUGGCAAAAUGAAUAACUGGCAGACAGUGCUGCACUAUGCUGUUACUAGUGGUAAGUUAGAACUUGUAAAAUAUCUUGUUGAAAACGGCGCUGAUGUAAAUGGAAAAAAUAAUACAGGGAUGACAGUGCUGCACGCUGCCGUUACAAAUGGUACGCUAGAAAUUGUGAAAUAUCUUGUUGAACAUGGCGCUGAUGUGAAUGGCAAAAAGAAUAAUAAAGGGACGACAGUGUUGCACACUGCUGUUUCUAAUGGUAGGCUAGAAAUUGUAAAAUGUCUUGUUGAGAAUGGCGCUAAUAUUAAUAGCAAGAGGAAUGAUGGGUGGACAGUGCUGCACGCUGCAGUUACUGAAGGAACUCUAGAAAUAGUAAAAUACCUUGUCAAAAGUGGAGCUGAUGUAAAUGGAAAAAAUAAAAAGGGGGUGACAUCCCUGGAAACUGCUGUCGAUGCUGGUGCAUUAGAAAUGGUAAAGUAUUUAGUUGAACAGGGCGGUGACAUAACCCUUAAAAAUAAAAUGGGCGUUCAUACUCUUGGCUUUGACGUCCUAAAGAUGGCUGUUGCAAAAAAAUCAAUUGCUUUGAUUAAUCUUCUGUUGGAAAAGAACAUCGCUGUGUGGAGAGCUGAAACAUUUCUUGUUGAAGGAAGGCAAAUGAGUCUUCUUGAAUGGAGUAUUAACCUUGGUCAUGAUGAAAUUACAACUAUCCUCAAAAGGUCUGUAAAUCAUCGUGAGAAGAUUCAGAUGUUGAAAACAAUGAAUUUGAACGAGUUAGACAAGACUGAAACACCGAUGCAGGCUUUUAUCGCAAAGAAUCAAUUCAAAAUUGGCGAUGGUGGUUUUUCUUGUGUCUAUGUUGGUCUCAUGAAGGAUGGAAGUGAAGUUGCUGUUAAGAGAAUUUUGGUACAAAGUGAGGAUGAAACAGUUGAAAACGAAAAGGAAAUCAUGAGUCUCAUUGAAACAAAAAACUCUCCAUUCAUAGUGAGCUAUCGACAUUUUCACCGUGACGAUACCUUCAUGUAUCUUAUUGUUGAUCUUUGCGAAGAAACCUUGAGGGAACUUGUUCAAGCAUGCAGUAUUGAACAUCUACAAGAGCAUGGUCCACGAAUGAUUAGGGAAAUUCUAUCAGGACUUAAAUUUCUUCAUGGUAAAGGAAUAUUGCACAGAGAUCUAAAACCAUCAAACGUUCUGGUUGAUAUCGAAGGUCGCAUGAAAUUAGCAGACUUUGGGAUAAGCCGCGUUCUAAAUGACGAUGACACGACAGUUGAAACAUUCGCUAAAGGUACUCCUGGAUGGAUGCCGCCGGAAGUAAUUGAAGCAAUAGACAAGGACGAAGUAGCUCGUUUCAAAAAGAAAUCAGAUGUCCAAGUCGCGGGUAUGAUUGCUUUCUUCAUCUUAACUAAAGGUGAACAUCCUUUCGGAUCAAAGUUAAAACGAAUGCAAUAUAUUUUGGAGGGAAACUCUGUCAAUUUGAAGAAACUUGGAGAUAGUCAAGCUCAAAAGUUUGUGUCGUGGCUGAUUAAUUACAAGAUUGAUGAUAGACCUUAUGCCCACGAAGCACUAGAGGAUUCUUUCCUCAAUGGAGAAUAAUACAAUAAAAAUACAGAAUUUGGACAACCUUGUGCAAUAGAAAAUUGGUGGUCCGAUAAACCACCACAUCCGGUGUGUACAAACCCUUUUGAACAGACGGUUAAUGGGUCAAGACAAAUUUUAUACGAUUUAAGUUUGUCAUAAGACACAAAACAUUCGUUGCCAACUUCUUCCAGGCAGUUGUUCAUGAAUAAAGUCUUUGUAGCUGUUUUUAAUCGGUUUUGAUGCAGCGUAACUUAGGUUGACGAGGUUGACUGAGUGCCUGCGUGCCUGCGGCGCGGCACUGGUGUCCAAAGUCAAAACUGCUUCAUAAAACAUGCUGAGAACAGUGAUUUUGUUGUGUUCUACAUCUGAAGGUAGUGCCCGUUCAUGGACACUAUGCCCAAUUUCAUUUGGAAGCAUCAUGUUCAACUUAGGCGCCGGGCACCAGUGCCAGGGCACUCAGUCUGAACGCGAUUGCUUAUGAUCCCCAAAUGAGUUUGUACCUAAAAAACGUGACCUAAUUUUUUAUCAUUUGUAUAUAUAGCAGUAUAGAAACUAUAAACGUAAAAUAUCGUUUUAGAGUAGUUUAAUCUCUUGACCGCACUGGAAACGACAGAUCGUAUCUUGGGUGGAAUUGCACGUGUAAAAAUU